UUCUUCAUCUUUGACCCUAGGCUUUGACCUAGUGGUUUGUUACUUACAUUUGAGUUGUGAUUUCAGGUUCAAGUGUGCAUCUCCUUGAUUGAUGUUGCUCCUUAAUUUGAGCUUGAUCAUUUGUUGUUGUUGGCUAACACUUGCUUGUUUUGUAGGCUUUGAGGACAAUUCACUUGUGUUUAUGGCUUAUGUAUUGUAUAUUGGGUUGUCUGUUGAAUAUUGACUGUUGAUUGCUUGUCUGGAUUUUGUACUGAUUGGUUUAGCUGUUUCCACAGGUACCUAAGUUGCUUUAAGUUCAUUUGAACUUUGCUUUGCUUGCUUGUGUUUGGCAUACCACUGAGGUGUCAGUAUCUAACCGGUGCGCAUAGCUCUUCCGUCCAGACAUCCUGCCAAACUCAACAAACUCAGACUGAUGGAUCCGUCUAACGCCGACAUUCUCGAAUUGAAAGAGAUGAUGGGGGAGUUGUUCAAAGUCGUGCAGGGGCUCGUCUCGGGGUAGAAAGCAAUUGCUGAGAGGUUGGAGAGGAUUGAAAGCUGGAUGAUAAAGGAGAAAGUUCAGGGAAAGGCUCCGUCAUCCGUAGUACAGAAGCCCUCUGGCAAUGGUCAGCCCAAGAAGGAGGUUGAAUCAGGUGGUGUGCAGGCCGAAAAAGAACGCGGUAAGGAUCGUUACCACCCUUAUGCUGCCACUAUAACCAUUCCUGUUGGUAAUCCAUCGGUACCACAGCAACAACCACCACCUCAACAGAAGGCACCGAAAGCUAAGGGCCAAGUGAAGAAGGGGACAACGGAUCGUCAGUUUGAUAAGCCGCCCGUGACUUAUACCCUUCUGUUCAAGAGGUUGAGGGAUCUUGGGUUAGUUCGGCCAAGGAUAUUGGUUCCUGUAGAACUGCAUCGGAGGCCUGCAAACUACGAUGAGAAUGCCAGGUGCGAGUACCAUUCUGGGGCACCAGGACAUAACAUUGAGGGUUGUAGAGCUUUUAAGCAUGCCGUCCAGGACAUGGUGGAUUCUAAGGCCAUCAGUUGGGCGCCAACACUGAAUGUUAACGCUAACCCCGUGCCAGGUCCCAUGGGGGUGAAGGUGAUGUCAAAGGACAAGAGAGGAAUAGAGGUGACUGAUGGGGAUCAUUUAAAAACUCUCAUGUCUGUGGUCCCAAAACAUCUGAUGAAGAGAGGAGCUUUCCCUAGUGUUGAUAACUGUUGUGCGGCCGUCGCCACAAAUGGGUGUGUAGUAAUGGGGGAAACGAUCCAGAGAAUGAUGGAAGCAGAAAUGGACGGUGAAAAAUUUGAAACACCAAGUCAGGCAGUUGAAACCGUCAAGAUAGAGGAUGCCAUUCUAGCUGAGAAAGAGAAGAAGCUGUCCAUUUCUUCUUACAAACAGGCCAUGGAAGUGGUGAAGAACGGAGAAGCCCUAGGCUGGGGAAGGAUCAUAGACAUUGUGGGGAAAACAGAUAUGUUCGGGGUUGGCUAUCAGCCAGAUCAAGAGUCGUCUAGACAAAACAGAGGACAUUGUCGAUCGUUCACAUUCGUCAGUGCCGGAAUGCUGGAUCCAGGUCACGCCUGUAAAGUGGGUGAAGAGAUUGACUGUGACCGCGAGCUUGAGUCGUGGAUAAAGUCGUGCGUACCAGGGAACUGGAAGGCCUCAAAGAUCAUCAUUGUCACUCGUCAUGAAGAGUAGUAUUUCUGUUUUUCAAUUCUGUUUGCAUGAAAGCCAUACGUUUUGCCCGAAGCGUAAUAGU